AUGGAGAAUUUCAUUCUUGCCCAAAAAAAAAAGGUCGAUGCUCAAGAUAAAGCAAUUAGACAACUUACUGCUAAGGUGGAUCAAUUGGCCACAUAUAAUAAGAUGCUUCAAGUACAAUUGGGUCAACAAGCAAAUACUUCCAAUUAUAGGGAAAUGGGAAAUCUACCUAGCCAACCUCAAAAUCCAAGGAAGCAUUGUAAGUCUAGUGAAGAAGAUACAUUGAAGAAAAAGGUUGAGGUAAAUAUUCAAGAAGCCCUUGAAAAGCAAGUUCCAUCCAAAACAUAUUCAACAUCUUUGCCUUUCCCUCAAAGGUUCCAAAAGGCAAAGCUUGAUCAACAGUUUGGAAAGUUUUUAGAUGUUUUCAAGCAGAUACAUCUCAAUGUUCCUUUUAUGGAGGCUAUAACUCAAAUGUCGGUGUAUGCCAAGUUUCUCAAAGAUAUCCUCUCAAAUAAAAGGAAACUUGAAGAAUUUGAAACGGUGGCUCUCUCAGAGGAAUGCAGUGCCAUUUUACAAAAUAAGCUGCCACCAAAGCUUAAGGAUCCAGGGAGUUUUUCUAUUCCUUGUGAAGUUGGUAAAGAAUCUUUUGAAAAAGCUUUAUAUGAUCUUAGUGUAAGUAUAAGUCUAAUGCCUUUAUCUAUUUGCAGGAGAUCGGAGCUUGGAGAAUUAAAACCUACAACAGUGACCCUACAAUUGGCGGAUAGAUCCAUAAACUAUCCUACAGGGAUAAUGGAAAAUAUGCCAAUUAAAGUUGAAAAAUUUUAUAUCCCUGUAGACUUUGUGGUUUUAAAAAUGGAAGAGGAUAUUCAAGUUCCUCUUAUUCUGGGAAGACCAUUCUUAACCACAACAAAAGCAAUCAUUGACGUUAAAAAUGGAAAACUUACUUUUGAGAUUAGAGAUGAGAAAGUAGAGUUCAAUGUUUUUCGAAUGUCAAAGCAACCUAUUAUUGUGAAUUCUUGUUGUAGGGUUGACAUUUUGAUGAUUGCGUGA